UAUAUAUAUCCUAAAAUCAAAACCCAUAAGGAGAUAUAUGCGUGUAUAUAUCAAGUCCAUAAUAUAAUCCUAAAUUAAGAACCCUAAACCUUUGUUGGUGUAGUUUGGAGAAUCAUUGUUGGCGAUGCAGUUUCAAGGAGCAAAUAUGUUGCGACAUCUUUUGUUAAAUUUCAGCAGAAUUCAUAUUUGGUCUGCGGUAGGGAUACUGUUAGACCAAACAUCCCGACAUUUUGUGAAGAAAAAACCCAAAAGCUUUCGGAGUAUUGGAGGUGAAGACAAGAUCAGUGAGUUGUCCGACGAUUUGCUCGUGCACAUAUUGUUUCUAGUCCCAACAAAAGAUGCAGUGGCUACUAUGAUUUUAUCAAAACGAUGGCGGUAUGUUUGGACAAAGGUGCCAAAACUUACGUACCCUGCAGAGAGCAAUGUAACUCUAGUUAUUGGCGGUUUACUUGGUCGUUUGCUUGACCGUUUAUUUGGGAAGAGUGAUAAGCAAGAACGGUUUAUUGACAAGUCAUUACAAGUCCACAAAGCACCUGUAUUAGAAUUAUUACAUAUAGAACUCGGUCCACGACGUCUUGAUGAUGUUGAUGUGGGAAAGUGGAUUGCAAAUGCGAUUGAUCAUCGUAAGGUGCGAGAGCUAUGUUUCAUGCUCACCUGGUCCGCGGAGCCAACCAGCUUGCCAAAGAGCCUUUACACAUGUGAAACUCUUGUCUCUCUAUGUCUUUCCGACAAAAUUCUCAUUGAUGUUCCUUCUUUGGCUUGCCUUCCAUCCCUCAAAGGUCUUAGACUUUCCUUUGUGGUAUAUAAAGAUGAAGAUUCUGUCGUUAGACUUUUAUCGAGUUGUCCAAUUCUCAAAUCUUUGGUCGUGGAUCGACAUCAUCAAGACAACGUGAUUUUUUUUAAUAUAAACGUUCCAUCUUUGGAAUACUUAUCAUAUGAUUAUGUGAAAUUGGGAGCACAAAACGAAGGUAUUGUGGGGACUUUGGUUAUAGAUUCACCGGUUUUAAAGAAAAUCUUUAUUACAGAUUAUUCAGGAGACUUUUGCUCGUUUGAGAAUAAGCCUCGCCUUGAUAAGGCAAAGAUCAACCUUUUACAUUACCCUGAUAACAAAUUUAUGAGAUCUCUUUCCUCAAUCAUGUGUCUCGAAUUAAUUUUGAGCGUUGCAACGCUUGCGUGGCUGAACGCUAUUACCUUCUCUCGGCUUAUAGAGUGUAAACUGAUUAUUCUAAACGAGUUAGAGUACUGGUUGGAACCACUAAUGUCAUUCAAACGACUCGAAAAGGAGUUGCCAAUUUCAUGGAACCAACCGAGUUCUGUUCCCGAAUGUUUGUCAAACCAUCUAGAGAUCUUUGAGUGGAAAGGAUAUAGAGGAAGAAGGGAGGAGAAAGAAAUCAUGCGAUACAUCCUUGCCAACUCUAAGUGUUUAAAGAGAGUUGGAGUCUUCUUGAGAUCAACCAACAAGGAUAAGACGAUGAAAGAGUUAGAAUCUAUGUCUAGGGUUUCGACAUCAUCCCAUCUUAUAUUCUCCACUCAAGUGGAAUAUAUGAGCGUCAACAAUGAAGUAAUGAGUGACUAAUCUUUUACUAUCAUAUGGAUCAUGCAUGUCAGCAUGUGCCAUUAGUCAAGAUAUUGUUUUUUUUAUUAACA